AUGCAAAAUCAAAUCCAUCAGUAUCUGUGGGAGGCUGCCCAGGUUUGGGAGUCGGGUGUUCUCCCGAGUGCUGAGAACCUGGCGCGAGCAAGAGCUUCUCUUCCCGCAACACUCCCAGAGACAGGAACUAGUCUCGCGUCUGUACAGAACCAUAUCCUCGGGGACAUUGUCCCAGCAUUCAACGGAGGUAGUAUCAGUGCCAACUACUACGGCUUCAUCACGGGUGGGACUACCCCGGCAGCACUCUUUGCGGACAACGUUGUCUCUGCCUUCGACCAGAACGUCCAGGUGCACCUUCCAAAUCACUCAAUUGUCACCGACGUUGAAUACAAUGCAAUUGGCCUUCUUCUGGAUCUCUUCCGACUAGAUCGUGCUACCUGGCAUAAUGGAACUUUCACUACGGGCGCCACAGCCAGCAAUAUCAUUGGCUUAGCAUGUGGGCGCGAGUUCGUAUUGCAAAAGGCAGCGCAGACGAAAGGCUGCCGACUCCAAAGCGUCGGUGAAGAGGGCUUGUUCGAAGUGUUGAAUGCACUCAGUCUUUCUGGAGUGCAAGUGUUAUCCACGCUGCCACACUCGUCGCUCGUGAAAGCUGCUGGUGUCUUGGGCAUUGGUCGCUCAAACGUACGCAAUGUCUGCCGAGCUGACAAUCCCCUCCUCUUUGAUCUGGACAAGCUAGAGAAAGAGCUCGCGAGAGCCGACAAGGUCAGCAUUGUCGCAGUGUCUUGCGGGGAGGUCAACACUGGCCGAUUCGCGACAAGCGGUGCGGAUUUGAGAAAAAUACGUCAGUUGUGCGACAAGUACGGGGCUUGGAUGCAUGCCGAUGGAGCAUUUGGAAUUUUUGGUCGUGUCCUUGGCGAAAGCCCAGAGUUUGCUACGAUCAAGAAAGGCUCCGAAGGGAUAGAAUUGGUCGACUCCAUUACUGGUGACGGUCACAAGCUUCUCAAUGUUCCUUACGACUGUGGCUUUUUCUUCACUCGACAUCAGAAUAUCGCAUCGCAGGUGUUCCAAAAUGCAAACGCAGCCUACUUGACCGCAGGAAACUCCGAUGGUCCCUCUAUCCCCUCGCCCCUGAAUAUUGGAAUUGAGAACUCUCGUCGGUUCAGAGCAUUGCCUGUGUAUGCUUCGCUGUUGUCAUAUGGCAAAUCUGGAUAUGAGAAAAUGCUGGAGCGGCAGAUACGGCUUGCUCGGAAAAUCUACGGCUGGAUAUGGGAGAAUUCUGUAUAUACGGCUUUGCCACAAGCAUCUUCGAAGGCUGAACUACUGGAUCAGACAUUUAUGUCUGUUCUGUUUCGCGCGAAUGAUGAGGGGUUGAAUGGUCAGCUUGGAAGCAAAAUAAAUGAGAGUUCGCGAAUGUUCGUCUCGGGCACAAAUUGGGACGGUUCUCCUGCUUGCCGCAUUGCCAUCUCGAAUUGGCGAGUUGAUGUGGAACGAGAUUUCGCGCUGGUAACGGAGGUGCUGGCUAAGGUCGCCCAGAGUUAG